AUGGAUGAAAUGGGCUCAAAAAUUGAAUGUAAUGUGGACAAACCAUUUGCAUCGCUUCAAGGAAAAUCUUUUAAAGAAUAUGGUGAUUUCUACAUUCAUAAACCUACAUUAGGGUUAAAUGAAGUUGCUAUAAAGUUUGUUGAUGGUCCACACAAACUCUAUUUCCAGUAUACCACGAAGGUAACUAAAUGCACAGAUUUUUGCGGGCCACACAAUUCUUUUGAUUUUGCAGACUUCCAACAACUUAAUGAUAAUGCAAUCAACCCGAAAAUUUCAUUUGAUGUUAUAGGAAACGUUUUCUGGUGUUUUCCAUUGGAACCUGCAAAGGACAAAAAGGACAAACAGGAAAAGAAAAUUACCUUCAAAAUGGAAGAUUUAGAAGGACGCGAAGUUUUUGUUACUCUAUGGGGAAGGUAUGCUGACGAAAUUAAUGCAUAUGUCUCUAAGCAUACUGGUUAUUUUGUUUUGCUUAUUCAAUGUGCUAAGUUGAAGCUUGUCCGAGAUCGUUCUUAUAUCAAUAACACCUACAUGGCCACAAAACUUUAUAUUGAAGAUGACAUUGAGGAGAUAACCACAUUCAAAAAAAGUUUACAAGAAAAAAAAAGCUCUUUCACUUCUUUAGUUUCAUGUAACUCGGGAUCAUCCAUCAUGUAUUCACUACAUGAUGACUUUAUUCAAAAAAACUCUUUUCACCAAAUAUCCGCUAUUCACGAAUUGGACAAGGGAGGUUGUGCAGUAAUUCUUGGCACAAUAAAGAUGUUUGAAGAUAAACGGAAUUGGUAUUAUAAUGCUUGCAAAAAUUGCAAGUCAAAGGUUGAAAUAGUUAAGGUUCCAGAUGAGACAUGCAAGGACAAAGUUGUUACUGCUCAACCAAGUUUUAUGAUCAAAGUCCGAGUUCAAGGUUUAGUUGGUGUUGUCAGUCUUACGAUCUUUGAUCGUGAAGUCAGAAAUAUUCUGAAAUUAUCUGCUGCUGAUUUAUUAUCAAAAUAUGAAAGGUUCGGCAAUACAAGUGAGUUUCCUAUUGAGUUGAAUUCCAUGAUCGACAAAAAAUUGGCUUUCAAGAUUGUUGUCAAAACAUAUAAUUCUUCAAGAUUUGGUCGUUCUUACAACAUUUCCAAAAUAACGGAUAAUGUUGAUAUUAUUUCUGCUUUGGAGAAGAUUGAGAAAAGAAAUUUGCAUCUCAAGAAACAGUUGGUUGUAAGGAUGCUACUUCCCACACUGCUGAUAAUACUCAUAUGUCGAAUAUUCCCUCUGGCAUCUCAAGAAACAGUUGGUUGUAAGGAUGCUACUUCCCACACUGCUGAUAAUACUCCUAUGUUGAAUAUUCCCUCUGGCAUUUGUACAAGUCCAUCAUCAAGAACAACCAACAACCUCAAUUCACCACCUACAAGUGUCAAACGUAAACUUGAAGAUGUUUACGAUCUUGAUGAUGACGUUUAUGAAUCAGCAACCAAACCUAAUGCACCCCGUAUUGGAGAUGAAAAAGUUGGUGGAACAACAAAAUUGUUGAUUCCUAAAGUUGAAAAGUGA